GGCCAAGCAAAUCAGGAAUCGCAUUGUGAGGCAGAGGUUUGUCCCAAUGCUUCGAAAGGCACGUCGAGAAGGGACACUGAAGCCGAAGAAGAGGAAGCACCAAAAGAAAAGAGCCGAAACUGGGAGGCCGCCAAGCUCACAGAAAUCUGGGAGCACUCCAAAUUGGCCAAGAAAUUGCUUGAUGCUAAGAAGAGAGAGGCAAUGAAUGACUUUGAUCGAUUCAAGUUGGCCAGGGCCAAGCAAAUCAGGAAUCGCAUUGUGAGGCAGAGGUUUGUCCCAAUGCUUCGAAAGGCACGUCGAGAAGGGACACUGAAGCCGAAGAAGAGGAAGCACCAAAAGAAAAGGAAAAUUAUUGGUGCCCCCAAGGCCUAACAUAUGAGAUUGUUGUCUCCCAGUUUUUGAAAAUGAAGCAUGAUCCCAAGCUGCAUGUGGUGGAAUUAUAA